AUGAGCUCCAUGCAGUCAAACUCCUCUGCAAAUGUGACCUUUGUUCGUCCUGCUACAUUUUUCCUCAUUGGCUUUUCUAAUAUCCCAUAUGUGAAAUACUACUAUGUGUUCUUGUUUUUUGUGUAUGUUGUGACUGUUUUAGGGAAUUCAUUUAUCAUUUGUAUCAUAUAUUUGGCUUGCAGGCUUCACUCAGCCAAAUACAUUGCUGUUUUUCAUCUGGCACUUUCUGAUCUGUGUGGAAGCUCAGCUGUAAUUCCCAAAGUCAUUGACACAUUUUUAUUUGAGCACCAGGACAUUUCAUAUGAAGCGUGUUUUGCAAAUAUGUUUUUUGUAUAUCAUUUCAUGAAUCUGCAGUCUUUGACACUACUCGCUUUGGCUUAUGACAGACUGAUAGCUAUUUGUUUUCCUCUACAAUAUCGUGCCAUUGUAACCAAACCAGCCAUGUUUCUGAUCAUAGGGCUGAUGUGGAUUUUAUCUGUGACAUUUUUUUCUGUAUUUGAAGGUUCUAUGAACAGACUUUCUUUUUGUGGAUCCAAUGUGCUUGAUACUUAUUUUUGUGAUUAUGGCCCUAUCUAUAGACUAACCUGUAAUGAUACUUCUCUAAUUAUUUUGUUGGUUAAAAUUUGCUAUAGUCUCCUGAUUUUUCCGCCACUGAUAUUGAUCUUCAUUUCAUAUUUCUGCAUUGCUCUGGUUUUAUUUAAGAUUCCCAAUGGUGUUGACCGGAUCAAAGCCAUAAAAACCUGUAACUCACAUCUCAUGUUGGUGGUAAUUUUUUAUAUGCCAAUUUUAAGUAAUACUAUUGCAUCUACAAUAGCACCUUUGCAUCCAAAUGCCUGGAUAAUUAACAAUUCCCUAACACAGACAAUACCACCUAUGCUGAAUCCAAUCAUAUACACUCUGAAGACAGAGGAGGUCAUGCAAUCCAUAAAAGAACUGUACAAACGAUGCAAAGUGAACACAACCAUAGAAAUAAGAGUGAAAUGCAGAAGGAGAAAUUAA